GCAGCUCAGUGUGCUGAAUAAACUCUGGUAGACUGGGACAAAAGUCUCAUUACUCCUUCUUCUGCUCUGAAGUUAGUUCUAAAAUGAUGUCAUCUAGAAGUUGUUUUGUCAUUUGGAUGCUGCUGUCUCUUCAUGUCUCCACACAUGGCUGGAAUGUAUUAGAUAUUCAAAAAAAAAGACCGGCCGUGGAGGGUGGAUUAAGGUUGGUGGGAGGUGACCUGCCCAAUAAAGGCCGUGUGGAGGUGUACCAUGAUGGCCAAUGGGGGACAAUCUGUGAUGAUGGUUGGGAACUAGCUGAGGCCCAGGUAGUGUGUCAGCAGCUUGGUUUUCCUGGAGCUGUCUCAGCUGCAGUAGGAGGAACAUAUGGAGAAGGUUCUGGCCCUAUUUGGCUUGAUGAUAUGAACUGCAAGGGAUCAGAGAAUUUUUUGUCCAGCUGUCAUUUUAAAGGCUGGGGUGUUACUGACUGUUCUCACAAAGAGGAUGCAGGAGUGGUCUGUGAAAAUGAAAAAGAUAUGGAUGACAGUCGUAAAUUCCACUUGGAUCACAGCCUGGGCCUCUCUGAAGAGCUUGGGAAACUUUUUGAUAGCGGGGACAACUGUGAUUUCAGCAUUCUGGUCCGUGACUCAAGUGAAGAUCAAGCUGAACAGAAGACAAUUUGUGUCCAUAGGCUAAUUCUCUCUCUCUAUCCUCAAUUUAAUAUAUCUAGUAGCUCCAACAAUCUCACAAUUGAAAUAAGCCAAACUUGCCAUCCUUAUGUCUCCAACUUUUUGAGGUAUCUGUACACACGCAAGAUUGAGGUCACCAUGUCUUCAGCUCAGUGCCUACACCUGCUGUCCUAUAUCUACCAGUUGCAGCAGCUUUUGGAGGAGAUAGGCAAAAUCUUUAUUUUGUUUCUUCCUCAGGACAAUACCUUCCAUUCUCAAGUGUCGCUGUAUGAGUAUGGUGUCCGUACAAAUGACAUGGUGCUUCAGGAAAAUGUUCUUCAGUACCUCUCAUGGAAUUUUGAAUUCCUUGUUGUCUCUUCUGUUUGGAAAACUGUCUCCAUGCAAAUGAUGAAGGACCUUCUGUCACGUUCUGACUUAGUGGUGAAGGAUGAGUUUUUUGUGCUUCAGGUUCUGGAGGAGUCAGUGAAAGAGAAAGGAGAGACAUUAAGUUUAGAAGACAAGGUAAACCUACUGAGUCACAUUCGCUUCCCCAUGAUUCCAGUUGAAAAGCUUUAUGAUAUUCAGUUUAGUUCAGGCAUGUACCAAAGCAAUGAAGCAUUUUACCAAAAUGCAUUGCUGAAAAGCUUUCAAUUCAACUCACUGAGUUUCUCAAAGAUUAAAAAGCAUUUUAGCAACUUUGAAGACUAUCUGCCCAGGAUCUACACCGCAGAGCCCUGGAGCACUGUCCUCAAUGACACUUUCAAUAGGAAUUAUAAUCCCCGUUAUAAUUAUGGCUAUAUUUCUUCCUACAAUUAUGGCUCAUUCAGGACUCCCCCCCAUAACAGUGUGAUUUACAGUCACCAGUCAAUCGAGUGGCGAGUCCAGGUUCUGCAGAAUGCAUGGGAAUGUUCUAACCAAGGCUUUAAUUGUGACACUCUUCCUGUAGCCAGGCUCAUUUCCUCAUACAGCCAGAGUAAUUAUAACAGCUCUAUUCGAUUCAACAAUAAGCUAGUUCUCACAUGCAAGACUAACAACGUUGUUUUCUACGUCCAAGAUUUUAAAAGUGAUAAAGCUGUAAUUCCAAGUAAUAGCAGUAUGGGUCUGUCCCAUCCCUGCCCUAAUGACUAUAGCUUUACAUUUGUUGUGCGUCCAGAGUACAUCUAAUUAAAUCCCCCUUUACUCUAAUGGGUUUCUGCUUGCAUUUUUUGUUAUUUUGCAAUGUUCAAUUUUUUUUGUAUGCCAAUGAUAAUGAUUUUUUUCUUUAGUAUUUUAGUUAACAUUUAUCAACUGUCAAUGUGAAAAAAAUCUAAAUGAUGAAAUUAAAGGUUGCUGAUCUUCGCAAGUUCAAA